AUGACAAAAUCAAAAAGAGCCCGAGUCCAACCGCCUCACACGCAGCAUGCGCUAGCGCUGGUGCAGGGCACAGGCAAAAAACACCGCAAGAUGAGCUCGUUUGCAAAACUCUCCACGAAGAGCAAUAACUAUAACGGGAACGCGAAUGGAGCGAAUGCGCAACAACGUGCAAAGAGUGAAAAGGGUGGCGGUGGUGGUGGUGGUGGUGCGCAGAAGGGCCAGCAGAAGCAGCAGCAAAACAGGAGACCCAUUGUCCCCUUUCGAAGGAGAGACCGGAUUCUGUGUAUUGGGGAGGGCGACUUCUCCUUCGCCCACUCCCUAGCCACGCAUCACCGCUGCAAAAACCUCAUCGCAACAUGCUACGACUCUCAAGAAACACUCUAUGGGAAAUAUCCGCAGGCCGAGAAGAACAUCGCCGAGAUACUUGCCGCCUCAUUUUCGCAUAAAUCCAAAGAUGAAAAGCAACAGCAAAAUACCUCCCCAAAGGUCCUCUUCUCCGUUGACGCAAAGAAACUCGGUGCCCCGUCUGGAGGCGGGAAGGAUGUUCGGAUUGGAUUCCCAAGAAAGGAGAAGAAGAGGCCGGCAUGGAAGAUGGAAGAUUUAACGAGGCCCAAGAGGGCAAGUGCCGGUGGACCGUGGGAUAUGAUAUGUUUCAACUUCCCGCAUGUGGGUGGGCUUUCGACGGAUGUGAAUCGGCAGGUCAGGGCGAACCAAGAGCUGCUUGUUGCAUUCUUCAAAGCCUGCUUGCCGCUUUUGGCGGCGAAGCCAGAGAAUGAUGAUGAUGAGGACGAAGAGGGCGAGGAGGAGGAGGAGGGAUGGGGGUCUGAAACGGAGGGGUCUGGAGGGGGUGAGGAUGGGGGUGGAGGGGGAAGUGAUGACGAGGAUGGUGCUAGCCAUGUCAGAGCGAAGGAUGAGCACAGGACAGAGCCUGGUCAGAUCCUGGUGACGCUGUUCGAUGGGGAGCCAUAUACUCUGUGGAAUAUCAGGGAUUUGGCAAGGCAUGCAGGGUUGAAGGUCGUGACUAGUUUCAGGUUCCCAUGGGCGUGCUAUCGCGGAUACUCUCAUGCGCGGACAUUAGGAGAGAUCGAAGGCAAGGAUGGAGCCAGAGGGGGAUGGAGGGGUGAAGACAGAGAAGCAAGGAUGUACGUUUUUGAAGUUAAGACAGACGACAAUACGCACUCGCUGAGAAGUGCGGCUGGGAAGAGGAAGAAGAGAUCAGCGACAUCUGACGAUUCCGAUAGUGAUUAG